UGGAGCCUCUGAUCUGAUCUCACAGGUUGAAAGGCUUUGGUGUGAGGGGGGAGGAGGGGGAAGGAGGGGGCUCUAUUGACUGGGGGGGUGUGUGAGCAGGAUCUCAGCCUCCUUUCCCACACUCUCGUUCCCAUUUAUUACACACUCUGUGAAGAGGGGGAGUGAAAGAGGAGGAGGAGGGGGAGUUAGGUGGGGGGACACACAAUAGAAGUGUGCCUUCCCAGAGGACUCUGGUUAAUGGUGUAUAAUUGACAGCUACGAGUUUCCCUCCAAAUCUGUGAGAGUCCCUGCAGCUCUGUCAGGGUCAGUGUUUUUGUUCAGUAAGAUGGAAAUAAAGAUUAAAUCAAAACUGAUUAUAUUUAUAAAAACGCUUUAGAACAACUUAAAAAGUUUGAAUCAUUGUAUUUUUUAUUGUAUUGUCUGUAAAGCAUGUAAAAUAGCAUUUAACAGCAGAACAUCCAGGUUAAAUGUUGUAUUUUAAAGUUAUAUGAUCAAAAAAGUUUUAUUAAAAUCCAAAAGUCAUCAGCAAAAAUCAUUCAUUAAUCUCUGUAAAAAUUAAAUUCAGUAAAUCUGCAGGUUUGUACUUAUUGCAGCUGAGAAACAAAAUCAUUUUUUCUGCCAAACUUGAGACACAAAGUGACCCUUUUAUUAAUUUACUUUUUCUAAAAAUAAAAUUGCAUUAAUUAUACAUAUAUGCAUACAUAAAAACUUUACCAUUGCACGCUUGGCAUUGAUUUUAGGGUGAUGUUUAGAGUUGGUUUCACUUUGAUUCAAACUGGAAAGAAAAAUUCAGAAACACUAAACGCCAAGUAUAAAACUUCAUUAUUUUAAACCUGCUGAUUUGAGAUGCAAUAAAUACAUGCAUCUAAUAACCUGAUUUUUUUUGUGUGUGUGUGAUUUGAUUUCAGCAAAAUAUAUUUCCUGUUUUCUAUUUCAGCAGCAGACGUAAAUGUACGUUAAAUACUGCUGCAAAGUGAGAGUUCAGGCUCAUGUGACCUUAUUUGUACUGGUAGGUAGAUUUGUUUUUCUGCAAGGUGAUAACAUUAAGUUUGAAACCCCAAAAACAAGAAAAGCAACAAAAAUAGUACAAUAAAAGAGCAGAUAAAGUGAGGUGCAGCCAGUGUUGAGCUCUUAUCUUUAUGUGUUUACUGUCCUCAUCAGGACCAAACAUCUGCAGCAGGAAGGUUCCCAGAUCAUAAAAAACACUCCUCUCAGUGUGUGUGUGUGUGUGUGUGUGUGUGUGUGUGUGUGUGUGUGUGUGUGUGUGUGUGUGUGUGUGUGCUGUGAGUGUGGGAAAGCCGCUGCAGCCUGGGCCUCCUGUCUUUGUCAUGUUAAUGUGUGUGCAUGUAUAAAUAGAGGAGGGGGCUCCUGGCUCUCCUCACAGCUCACUCUGUUCAAGCUCCACUGAAGCUCCUCUCUGCUCCUCCAUGGCUCCUUGCUCCUCCACACACUCCCAGCUCUCCUCCAAAGACAGACACAAAGUAAGUCCUCCUCUCUGACCUCCCUCCCUUUCUUCCUCUCUCCCUCCUCUCUCCUCUCCUCUUUUCUCUCUCCACCUUUGGCUGACCUGACCUCCUCCUCUCUCUCUCUCUCCUCCAGCUGAGGAAACCUCUGGUGGAGAAGCUGCGCAGAGAUCGCAUCAACAGCUGCAUCGAGCAGCUCAAGGUGCUGCUGGAGAAGGAGUUCCACAAACAGGAUCCCAACGCCAAGCUGGAGAAGGCCGACGUGCUGGAAAUGACCGUGUUGUUCCUCAAGCAGCAGCUGCAGCCUCAGAGCCCGCAGAGCCACGGCUACUCCCGCUGCUGGAAGGAGACGCUGCACUUCCUGUCCUCGGACCCCCUGAAGGAGCUGACGCUGCCACACCUCCACCUGCUGCACAGAGGAGGCCGGGACCCCGAGCCCACCCCGCGCUCCUCUUCCUCACCUCCUCAGCCUGCAGAGAAGCAGCCGUGCAGUCCCCACAGAGACGUGUGGAGGCCGUGGUAGGAACUGAGGAUGAUGAUGGAGGAUCUUCAUCAACAGACCGUGGGACUGCUGUCAUUUCCUUCAUGAUCAGGUCCUUUAUUUUGAAAGGACAGAGGAAGUGAGCUGGUGUUUCUUCAUGUUGAAGCUGCUCAGGUUGUGCUCUGUUGAUGCUCGCUGUAAACUUUGAGGACAACUUCAUGUUUUCUGAGUGAGACUGACCAUCACUCAUCAUGUCUGCUGCCUUUUACAAAGGCCCCGAGAGUGUGUGUGUGAGAGAGAGUGACUGUGUGUGAAUGACAAGAGUGUGUGCUCUGAUUUAACAAUAAUUCAGUGUGAAAAAAAAAAAAGUAUUUUCUUGUAGAAAAAACAGAUAUAUUCUUGUACUCUCUUAGGAGAAACUUCAAAAUAAACUUGUUUUACAAAUAGCUUAUCUACAUGUUUUCUGCGUUUUGUUUUGUGCUUUAUUUUGGUGGGUCAGAUUUAAAAAAAAAAUGCUCCUGACUGCAGUUGUAGCUGCUGUCAUAUUUCCUUUAAAAAAAAAAAAGGCCUCAAUAUGUACAGAUAUACCAUUCUACAUCUCUGAAAGUUGUCUGUCUAUGCUGCUAAAAGCUUUAAUUCAACAUGUUAAAACUAGAUGAAAUUAUGAGGAAUACCCUGAUAUUAUUACACACCGCACUGAGGUAUGUGCCGUGCUCUUCUCUGCACCCAUUUCCUGCUAUGGCUGGUCACAUCCCUGAUAAACAAACAUUUUAGCCUCAAUAAAAACUUUCGCUCUGUCACCUUUAGCUACUUUAUUAAAAAAUUGUGCAGCUCUGUGAACUUUAAAAGAUGCUCAUCUUUUAUAUAUCUGCAAGAACUUACAAAUAUUUGACUGAAUAUGUUUUGAAAAUGUUCUAUUUUAAGUUCAAGAUCAAAAACUUUUAUGUUCCUGCAUAUAUUUGCAUGUUUGAUUAAACAGAAAAGUCAAUCCUUCCAUUUAUAACCAUGUGACACAAAUAUAUGAGCAGACUCAAACCCCAGCAGAGGCUCAGAGCAGGGCUUAUCUGCCCGGUAACAGAUGAUGAUUUAUUUGUUAAACUCAGAGUCUCCCAUGAUUAUCCUGAUGUGGAUCGAUGGGCACGCUGUCACACGUGCAGCCUCCAUCAUGCCUCAUGGGUGGGGGGGUUAAUCAUGACCCCCCUUCGUCCAGCUCUGUGUCAGAUCUAGUUUCAUCAAACAGCUGCUUGGCGGCUGCAGGGCGUCUCCUCCUCUCUGUGGAGUCCUCCUCUCCUCCAGGUUCCCACACUCCUCCUCCUCUCUGCCCUUCAUCCCUGGGACAAAGGAAGUGUGCCGUGUUAAAUUACCCCCCCCCCCAUACACACACCCACACCCACACACACACACACACACACUGUGGUGGUGAGAAACCUCCUCAGCCAACUCCCCCCUCCUCCCCUCACUAAUCUUCCUCUGAAUCUGGAGGGAAAACUAAUCUGAAGAAGAGAGAUGAUUAUCUGAGGUCCAAUCAGCCACAGCUGUACCACCUUUACUCCACUCCACCUUAAACACAGAUAAUCUGCUCAAAUUUUCAAACUACUCAAACUUUUUUAAGAGUCAACAUGACCCCAGAUGUC